AUGAGAAGCUCAGAAUCCCCCGAAAAUGGUGUACAGGAUUCCCAGAAAUUAGAGGAGAUCUCCGUAGCAUUGCGCCAGGCACGCAUUACCCAGACACCGAUCCCACCACCAAUCAAGUCAUACCCUGCACUGAGCGCUGAAGGGGCAUUCGAAGUCCAGCGCAUAACGGUCAGAAAUGCCCUUGCGGAUGGAGAUCGAUUGGUGGGUAUGAAACUUGGCAACAUUGCCAAAGUAAUGCAGGAUGCGUUCGGCCUGGAUCAACCCGACUACGGCUUCUUGCUCGCAAGUUCAUUCCGUUACGAGGGCACCACUCUGAAACUAGAGGAAUACAUCAAGCCAUAUGUUGAACUGGAACCGGCUUUUGUUCUGAAAGCGCCUCUCCGUGGACCCAAUGUGACCGCUGCAGAUGUUAUCUCCGCCAUCGACUACGCCAUUCCGGCCAUCGAGAUCAUUGAUUCGCGAAUCAUAAACUGGGAGAUUGGUCUUCAAGAUACCCUGGCCGACAAUGGUUCGACAGCUGCCGUGCUGCUGGGCGGUACGCAGCGCCGACUCGACCAGCUCACGCUAUCCGACAUGAAGGGUGUCCUCAAGUUUAACAGCAAAGAGGUCAUGACGGGCAAUACUAGUAACAUUCUGGGAAACCCGAUCAACGCCGUUGCGUGGUUAGCCAAUCGCCUGGCGCAUUAUAAUGUCGGGUUGGAAGCUGGUCAGGUGGUACUGCCAGGAAGCUGUCUCCAGGCAGUUCCAAUGCGUGAGGCUGGCCGGUGGACAUGCACGUAUGAGGGCUGGGGCACGAUUGAGUUCGAUGUAGUAUAA